CAUAUUCGUGUGUCGCCAGACCAGAAGGAAAAACGAGCCCACAUUCGUAGCAGCAGCCAACAGUAAAGAAGUGUAGUGAUAGGAGUAGGAAAAAAGACAUAUUUUUCUUUCAGCAAAUCAAAAGCAGCAUACACUCGCUGUUUAAAUUUUUCAGUUUUUAUUUGGUUUCAACUAGUGAUAAGCAGCAUUUAUCGUGAACAAAGUGUUUUACAAAGAUACAGUUUUUUCCGGUGCAAUCUUCUGGUUCGUGGUGCGAUUUUCUGUUCUUGUGCAGAUUGUUUUCAUAAGCUGAAAUUGUGUUAAUUCGAAAUGUUCUAUCCUCUGCAACACACGUUCGAAGAUGGAGAAAUUGAAGUUGCCAGUGAGGAAAUGCUAGGCCAGGAUCCGCUGUCUGACAACAAACAUUCAUUCGCCGUGUCACUAUCGCUAGGAAACCCAUUCAUUAACAUCAACAAGAUCAAAUACCCAAAUACACACUUCCAGCAUGAUCAAAUGCACACGAAGUCGACGUACUCUGGAAGAUUGGUACACGAGAAAAGCAUCGAGCACGUACAUUCGUCAAAUUCCACUCCUCAACCAACUUUUGAAGAUGGAGAAAUCGAACUUUCCCGACCGGAAAUGCUGAGUCAAGAACAGCUUGUCGAGAACAAACAUUCACUCGCCGUGUCGCUAUCGUUAGGAAACACGUUAAUUAAUCUCAACAAAAUCAAAUACACAAAUGCCCAAUCUCAGCAUGAUCAAAUGUCUUCGAUGCGUCCUGAAAUGUUGGCUCAGUAUCCACUAACGGACAACAAGCACUCGCUCGCGGUAUCACUUUCGCUAGGGAAUACAUUAAUCAAUCUCAACAAGAUCAAGUGUCCACAGUGUCGGAAGCGCUUUGAUACGAUGGAGGAAAUGCAACAACACCGCACCAAACAUCUGACAGAAAAUAAAUUUAAGUGCGAAAUAUGCAGUAAGGAGUUCCCUAGUCACAGCUCGAUGUGGAAACACACCAAAGCCCACACCGGCGAUCGUCCAUUCGUUUGCCAAAUCUGCAACAAGGGUUUCACGCAAUUAGCUAACCUGCAACGCCAUGACCUUGUUCAUAACGGACUGAAGCCUUUCAAAUGUCCAAUCUGCGAAAAGUGCUUUACACAGCAGGCAAAUAUGCUGAAACAUCAGCUCCUUCACACUGGACUUAAACCAUAUAAAUGUCCGGUGUGCCAGAAAGCAUUCUCUCAACAUGCAAAUAUGAUAAAACAUCAGAUGCUUCAUACAGGUUUGAAGCCUUAUAAAUGUCCAGUGUGCCAUAAGGCUUUCACCCAACACGCCAACAUGGUUAAACAUCAGAUGCUUCAUACCGGUUUAAAACCUUAUAAGUGUCCUGUUUGUGAUAAAGCAUUUACCCAACAAGCCAAUAUGGUCAAGCAUCAGAUGCUACAUACUGGAGUAAAACCUUACAAGUGUUCCACGUGUGGCAAGGCUUUUGCACAGCAGGCAAACAUGGUCAAGCAUCAGAUGCUUCAUACCGGAGUGAAACCGUACAAAUGCCCAACCUGUGAUAAAGCUUUUGCUCAGCAGGCGAACAUGAUGAAGCAUCAGAUGCUCCACACCGGACUAAAACCGUAUAAGUGCAACACGUGCGGUAAAGCCUUUGCGCAGCAGGCCAACAUGGUUAAACAUCAGAUGCUUCAUACGGGUAUUAAACCGUAUAAAUGCAAUACGUGUGGCAAAGCUUUCGCACAGCAAGCCAACAUGGUCAAACAUCAGAUGCUUCAUACCGGAGUGAAACCCUACAAAUGCUCAGUAUGCGGUAAAGCAUUCGCACAGCAAGCCAACAUGGUAAAACAUCAGAUGCUCCACAGCGGAAUCAAGCCAUAUAAAUGUCCAACUUGCGAUAAAGCUUUUGCCCAACAGGCUAACAUGGUCAAGCAUCAAAUGCUGCACACUGGCGAAAAACCGUUCAAAUGCAAAAGCUGUGAUAAAGCAUUCUCACAACGUGCCAAUCUCAAGAAGCACGAGAUGGUCCACCUUGGAAUACGUCCGCACACCUGUCCAUUGUGCUCCAAAUCGUACUCGCAAUAUUCAAACCUUAAGAAGCACUUACUGGUCCACCAGAAGCAGUCAAUGAAGCAGCAGCAGAACGGACAAGUGAUGGUGAUUCUGUACAACUGUCAAACAUGCAAAAUGCAGUUUGAAAACAUUCUCGAAUUUGAACGGCACACAAAGCAAUGUAACGAAUUAAACAAUGGCAGUCACGGUUUGAAGCUGGAAAAUAUCAAUAUAAAGAGCGAAAUUGACAUUGACGGCAGUUCCAGUUCAGGAAUGCCCCAACACAUCACUAUUCCGCACAGUCAACCGCAACCUCCCAUGCACGUACCCUCUGCGAUACUGACCUCAGUGAUCUCAUCAUCCUCUGCAGUGUCCAAUGCUCACACUCUAAGUACUGCGCAUGCUAACCACCAUCCAGGUGUACAUCCACAACAUCCUCAACCGCAACAUACACCACCGGCGCAACAUCAGCAGCAGCAACAACAACAACAAGGCAUUCAUCAUCAACAACCUCCCCCAUCCCAUCAACAUCACCCAUCUCUCCAGCAGCAGCAUAAUCUUCCAAUCCAUCUUCAGCAGCAGCUAUCACACCACCUAAUAUCUUCCCACCUCCCGCACCAGGAUCACGGAGCAACUGAUCUGCACCAUCAGGUCAACUUCCACCAUCCUCACAUACCGCAUAUUCCUAACCUACCGCACAAAAUCCUUUCGCCUCUGUUCCACAUUCCUCCAUUUAAUAAUAACCACAGCACAUAAUGGAACGCUAACAAGGGAUCAUCAACGGCUGGUGGAUCCCUAACGGCUGCUGAAACGGCUUCGGCUACUUCGACGAUUGUGGCCAAGACUGAACCAACUUCGCCGCAGUAGCAGUUGAGCCUUGACAUUGAUAGACUUUGUAAAGGUAGAACACCAGUACUAUUGCAGUGCAAACAUCACCAUAGUAAUGGCCCUGUCUGCGGUAACAUCAAAUCAAAACAUGUACUAAUGCAGCAAACUAGUGACGUAUGAUCAAAAGUGGCACGUGCUGACACUGAAUAUACUCAGAGAGUAUUAUAUAGAUAGACUAUUAAGGGCAAAGUUGAGUGUUUUAAAUGCAACUUUUUAUUAGUUUCUAGAAUUGCAAAGAUGUACGCUUUUAAGUUUGUCAUCCAAUAAACAACGACAUUGUUGUCUAAUAGGGAAAUUAUGUAGUAGUGUGUUGGUUCCAGCUGUGCUCUGUGUUGUUGCCAUCGACGUAGCAGACGACAAGAUACAGCUCAUGUUGACAAGUAUCGGUCAGUUGGAAAUUUUGCGAAAAGUAAGGACACUUGGGCGUCAAGUUGCUUUACAGCGAAAUAUGUUGGCAUCAGCGUAUGUAGAUCACUACCUUCAUGUGAUUUCCCAGAUAAAGAUGUACUAAAGCUUGAAAACAUUCUAUGUUUUAGAUGGGAAAUGUCUUGUGAUCAGUCUAAGAACCAUAGACAUCACCAAUUGCUCAUUUUCAACGGAUCAUUUCAAUGACUGUAUGUUCUUUGUCCUAGAUAUCGGUUCCAGAUAAGUCAUUCAGAAAUCAUUUACUUGAAAUGGUACGAUCAGCAUAUUAGUCGAAGAUGUUACAUGGGAUGAAAAGCUUGAAAAAAGGCCCUAAUCAGAUGAUAAAGAGGAUCCUCAAAGAGAAGAUUUUUUUUAUUAUCCGCUAAAAACCUUAAAAAAGUCUAAAAAAUGAUUGCCUAUAAAUAUGAUGAUGAUGGUAAAGGACAGAUUCAUAAAAUCACAUGAUCACUUGAAUUGUGCGUGUAUUAUAACGAUAAAUGGGUUAGUACGUGGAUAAAUUUAGAACAACGAAAUGUCAUCACAGUUGAAAUCCCUGCAAAUGGAACUAUCUAGACUAGAUGAACAUGCUCGAAAGAAAUGUAAAUUCGAAUCGGGCUCGUCCCAAACUCAAUUCUACCAUAAAUUAGUUAUGGGAUGUGCAUUUUAGACUUAGUUGCAUCAGAAUAUGACACUAACUUACUGACAUGAGUAAGCUAGCAUCGGAUUGACGCUUCGAAAACGAAAACACUAUUUGAGUUUCUGAGCAAACCCCUAAUCCUUCGUGAUGUCCUGCAAGAAAAGAAGUUCUGAUGAAGCUGAUGAGACUUAAUGAAGUCAAAACAUGGUUUAGCUAUAUUUCUCCUUAGUGGAGAAUUUUUUUGGCAAAAACUAUUUUUUCUCCGCUAUGGAGAAAAUUGUUUUUAACCACAUUUGCGCUUAAGGGCACAAAACCUAUAACUAAACUAGUUAUGGAAUUUAUGUUUCAACUUCGUCUCAUCAAAAUCCGACAUUAACUUCGUGACAGGACUAUAAGCUAGCACCGGAUUCAUGCAAGCUCCGAAAACGAAAACACUUUGUGUAUCUGAGCAAAUCCCUAGUCCUGCGUGAUGUCCCGCAAGAAUUCCAAUCAAUGACUUCAACAGAAAUAGCAGACGCUGCUCGAAGUAAGGCGAUCAAAUGGGUGAAAUGUGAGACGAUAAGAUUUGGACAAUGACAAUAAUAGGCCAAACAUUUAAGGGCCUUGUCGCUCCGCUCCGUCGGACUUAAACUAUUUGAAGCCCCUAUGUUUGAGUAAUCCGGGCAAACGAGUGGAUCACAGGUUUGUUUGCGAGAGGUCGCCGCUUCCGACGGCGGGUCGGCGGACACCUCGUCCAGGAGAUCCUCAGCGGCUUUACACCGCUUCGGAUCCUUGGCCUCGGUUAUGCGGUUACCCGCAUCAUAUUGGCUUCGCCGCAUGCACUAGAGCAAUGUAACAACCGAAAAAUGUUUGUAGCAAGCGGUUAUAUUAAGCCUGCCUUUUUAUGCUUCUUCGAAUAUUUUAAAGUGACGUAUAUUACAGGGCGAAGCACCUUUUUGUGAUUCGGCCUUUUGUAGUAGGUUAGAACAUCUUCGCCCUUUUGUGUUUCGGCUUUUGGAGGUUCAGCCUUUUGUACCGUUCUCGUUCGAAUCGCCAUCUCUUUAGUUUUGGUCGUCUGAACAACGACUCUUAAAACUAUAAUGCAAUUACCUUAUUGCUGGACAGUAACAACAGGAUAUGAACUUCCAUGUUCUAAUUCCCAACAAGAAUGUUUCAAUGCGUUGAAUAGUAGCCAAUUAGCCAUAGAGAAAUUGAGUUUACAUUUCGAAGUAGUAUUAGUAUCUAACGAAAAAAACCUUUUUCAUAAUUUUAUAGAUUGCGCCCAUAGAUUAUGUGCUUAUAUGAAUCCCAAGUCAUAAUCUUUUGUCUGUUAUUCAACUCGCAAAAAUUGACAAGACUAGUUCGGGGUCAAUGAAGUCAAUCCUUUUGCAUACCUUGGUCAAUUCGUACAACCUUUCAUUUCAUAUUAAACCGAAAUAUUCGUACACUCAAAUAAUGUGUUAAAUUAGUUGAGUUGAUUUUUACAUAAAGUCAAUAGCUAGGGCCGUGAAUAGUGGCAAGGCUUAAAAUACAGAGCUUUGUUAUCGGAGCAGAAUUCUAUAAUUAUAACAGACAACCUUGUUCGAGUCUGCUGUACCACGCACAAAAUCGCAAUGAUUUUGAGUUGAAACGCAGUUCCAUUUCUAUCUAGCAAAUGAGUAGUUCAUUUCAUGGUAUCAAGCAACAAAACUAACUAUAGAUUCUUUAUCAGUGUAAGCAGCUGGUAUUGUGCAGCUAUGCUUCUUUAACAGCAACAAUACUUCGGAAGUCAUCUUAUGAUGCAUUCCUGUCCCGAAAGAAUUCUUAACUGCAUCAAUGUAUAAUGGCUGGGACAACACAUGUGGCCAGACAAAUAACUUUUUCCAACUACAAUGAAUUCGGACAAUUUGUAAUACAUACUCCGUUUAAAAUAUAUUAGACAGAAUGAUAAGUUAUGCGAGAUAAAAGCUUAUUCACUGCGGCCAAAACGUCAGUAUUUGUUCGCUAUUUGCUUAUAAAAUCGUUUAUCGCCAUUUUCUUAAAAAAUCGUUUAAUAAUACAGUUUUAUUGUUUAUGUACUAGCUUGUCAGAUUAAUUACAUCUUUGUGGGAUGCAUUGCCACCCUGUAGGCAACGUGAAAGUGACAUACUUAAAAUGUAUCAUAAAACUCAAACCUGAAAUUAUUUCUGGUCUAUUCUGGCGUGCAUAUGCAAAACUUGUCAAGUUACAACGUAUUCAGCUCUGCAAAAAAAAAAUCUUAUCAGUAUGAAAAGAUUAAUCCACCCUAAACAUAAAACAAGUUGCUGUCAUUUCUUCCAAUGUAAACAUUAAACAUAACAUUUGCAUCAUGACUACCAUGAAAACCUAGUCGCUUGGAAGGGUGCCGAUGCAGUGCCAUAGGCUACGGUACACAAUUCCAGAACCUGUGAUAGUUGUGAUAGAUAAGGUGUCCAAAAGAUUCGCAGGAAUUGUCGAUCUGGCUUCGCGUGAAGUACAUGGCGGUACAUUUUUGAUACGUCUCCAGAAAAACGUUACUUUGAACUUUCGGAAGUGCAGAACGAUGAAAUGCAGAUCAUCUUGUACUACGGGUCCAACUUAUAGCACUCUGUUUAUGGACAGCUCGGAUAGAGAUAUCCCGACACCUAGGGCGGGACUUGUUGACACGAAAAAAUCUAACGUCAAAUGCAGCCAGGGGGAACUGUCAAAUGCAGCGAGUUCAUUUAAAAUAUGUGAACCAGAUAGAGUAGAUAUGUGUGCUGAAAAAAAGAAAACAUCUAUCCGCAUGUCCCGUCCCAGCUUGACACUAGCGUCGAACACGUCCAUAUUUCGUACACGAGCUUGACGGUCGCAGUACCGCGUGGUGCGGCAUAUAGACCGCAAGUUGGUUUGUUGGAUCGUGAUCUAGUGGCAGUCUCCAAGAGCCUGUACUCUUGUAGGUGCUCCACAUAUUGUGCUUGGAGUUUUAGCUUGCGGACGAGUCGAUUAUCCAGCAUCAGAAACCUGCAAAAUUCCCAAGUGGGAAAAAUUUUGGACAAGACCAAUUUUUUGUGCAUGAGGGCACAUACCUUACAUAAAGUAUGGUUUUUUGUUUUAGUGUUUCGGAUUCUCCUCGUCAGUAACUAGCACCAUCUGGGUGUCCAGUUAGACUAUGUAUCUGAACUAGUACCCAAAUUAUGAAACCUCUUAAGGGUCAGAGCACGACAAUUAUUCAGUUGGUUGGAGUUUUCCUUGAACGGUAGCUUAACAAUGAAUCUUCCGCUCACAUCUUCGUAUGGUGAAAGAAAGUGUGCUUCGAAUACUAAGUUUUCGUCGAAUGUUUGGGGACGUCCGGCACUUCGAUCUUCAAUGGUGGCAUGGUUGGCUUGUAUGGACACGUUGACAAUUUGGGGUGAAGACGAUACCGGACACUAUCCAUCCGAAACGUGUAUCUCACAACAGCGGAAGGUCAUCUACCAGCCUGAUCUAACUCUGCUUCAAUAUCUCGAAGAAUAGCUCGGCACCUAUCAGCAAGUCCACCAUAUCUGGUGUGUCGAACCGUUCCACAGGAGAGGUCCUAAUGUUCGAUGUUGAUCUUAGCCGAUGAGAUCAUACGUAUCACUUCCGGUGUUACCAGCCACUCGAGACUGGCGUUAUAAUUGGAUACUCGGAACUGAAUCUUCAGCGUUACAUUGUAACGUGCGAGGAUACGCAUGGAAUUGACACCAGUAAUCGGAUCAUUCGCAGGUUUUGUCGGCAAAGUCAGGCGAUUAGUUAACUCUUCUGUCGCGAAAUUCACCUGGGAGCCACUGUCCAAUAGGACGCGCAUGAAAAGCGUUGAUUCUUCUUAUCGAAUACACGUACCACUGCAACAGUACCGUCUUGGUCACUGGGCGAAGUUAGAGGAGUAGAUGGUGGACACAGGUGGGUCCACGGUAGCAGGAUUCUUCUACUCCGUCGUGGGUAGAAUCGAAACAGCCAAAAUCGCUGGUGAGUUUGUUACUGACUCCGCGGGAGGGGUAACAAUCGUUUUCGUAUCUUGGCUAGGUACCCCAUCGUUCGUCGUGCAGCAGCGUAUGAUGUCGACGGUGGCACGUACGACGCGGCUUAUCAGAGGGACAAUCUCUACAGCGGGGUGCCCGUAUGCAAGCAGUUAAAGCAAACACCUGCGACUCGAAUUCUUUCCUUCCUCUGGGAAAGUUUCAGAUUGUUUAAUGCUGUACACUGAAUGUUUCGAUGAGCGCCACCACAAACUUUGCAUGCUUGCGUCAUAUUGGUGGAAGCUAAAUGACUUCUCUUGAAGAUUUCUCGGAAGUUGCUGGAACUGUCCUGGCUUCUGCCCUACAUGGUUAACUGUAUAGAAGGCUGUAUCAUAGUUUACGAAAAUAUCGCGCCUGGACACUACAAAUUCGAUGGUCUGCGUAUACUUGGGAAGUUGACAUUUAUGGGUUCCUUCCCAGACUUUUCUAGUUAAUUUUCGAGCACUGAGAUAACCAAACAUACAAUCAUGUGUUCCGAAACACUAAUUAUUUCCUGUUCGAGGUAUCAGAGGUCUUCGACGUGGCGGGUAGCUUCACCCAGGAGUGCUCGUUGCUCUUUUUGGGAUUCUGAUGUCAUCUUCUUCAGUCUCAACAAACCUCAGAUGUGAGAUUUCACGAUAAUUCGUUGGUUCUCGUAGCCGCCCGUCAAAAUAUCCCAAGCGUGGCCGUAGUCACCCUCACUUAGAAGCUUGAAGUCCAGCACACGAGCAGCUUCACCUAGUUGAGGUGAUAGAGUUUAAUGGAAUCACUAUCCCCCGAAUUGGUCAUCAUGGAUUGAUUACUGAUCUUGGAAUAUGGCCUUAAACAUGGGCCAUGCGGUGUAAUUUCCAGCGAGCGUUGGAAUCGGUGCUUUUAGAGGCUGUUGCUGGUUGAACAACUUCUGGGGCGGUUGGACUGUUUGGAGGAAGCGUGGCAUCAGCUUUUGCCCCCGAUAUUAGCUCUUCGUUCACAUUGGAUACGCCAUAGUGUAGAUUCUUGUGAUCCGCAUUUUCCAAUUCUUAUUCCUUGAAUGCUCUAUUCGGUAUCAGUCCCACUAUUUUAGUGUGGAGUUGGCUAUACUCGCUGUAGGUAGCCGACAGACCCUUACUUACCCUACCGUUCAUGCUAGAGCCUUGUUGUCUCUUCCUGUAUGCAGAAGCCGUCUCUACUCCACUCGGUACAUUGCUGCUUGUCGCCAGCCUCGCAGUCUUCGAAGGGUCCGCAGGUCGUUCUCUAUCUGGUUGAUCCACCGUGCUCGCUGUGCGCCCCGUCUUCUUGUCAAUCCAAGCUCGGGAUGGGAGGUCCACAUUGUCGUCUCUAGAACCUCUUCCUCUCAUGUAUUUUUUCUUCGAAACGUUGAUGGCAAGUCCAAUCCUGCUGGCUUCAGCGUUUAGUCUGAUGUACGUUUCCGACAUCUCCUCAAAGUUCAAUGUCGUCGGCGAAGCCAAGAAGCUGGACAGACUUCCUGAAGAUCGAACCACUAGUGUCUAUCUCCUCUCUCCUUAUUACACCUUGCCGUAGCUAUCUCGAUCGAUUGUGUGAUAUGCCGAUUUGAACUCGAUGAACAAAUGAUGUGUGGGUACGUUGUAUUCGCGGCACUUCUGCAGAACCUGAGGAAUCGCGAAUAUUUGGUCCGUGGUGGCGCGAGAACCCAUGAAUCCCGCUUGGUAGUGCCUCACGACUCCCUUGCAAAUGGUGACAAUCGACGGCAAAGAAUUUGGGAGAAGACCUUGUAGGCGGCGCUAAGUAGUGUGAUCGCGCGUAGUUGCAGCAAUCCAACUUGUCACCCUUUUUGUAGAUUGGGCAAACGACACCCUCUAUCCACUCAUCCGGAAGUCUCCUCCUCCCAAAUUUUGGCGAUUACUCAGUGCAGCACUCUAGUCACCGUAUUUCAAUAACUCGCUGGGUAGUUGAUCUACACCGGCAGCUUUGUUUUUCAGCCGACCGAUCUCCUCCUUGACUUCUUGGAGAUCAGUGGCCGGAAGUCUAUCGUCUUCUGCGCCAUACCGCCUUCGUCCUCUGCUGCUUCACCGUUGAGGUGCUCGUCAUAGUACUGCUUCCACCUCUCAAUCACCUCACACUCGUUCGUAAGAAGGUUACCAUCUAAGUCCCUGCACAUAUCGGCUUGCGGAACGUAGCCUUUGCGCGAACUGUUCAGCUUCUCGUAGAACUUCCGUGUGUCGUUUACGCUGUACAGUUGUUCCAUCGCUUCGGGAUCUCGUUCCUCCUGUUGGCGCUUCUUUCUCCGGAUGACCGAGAUUUGCCUGUUCCGUGCUUAUUUGUAUCGCUCCACAUUCUGUCUCGUUCCGUGCUGCAGCAUCCUCGCCCGUGCUGCAUUCUUCUCCUCUAUUAACUGCUUACAUUCAUCAUCGAACCAGUCGUUUCCUCGAUUCGGAAUCGCUGUACCUAGUGCCGCUAUAUCAGUACUUCCUAUGGCGAAACGGAUCUCCCUCCACCCAUCUUCAAGAGUAGCUGCACCCAGCUGUUCUUCCGCGGGUAGUGCUGCUUCCAGCCGUAGUCUUGGGCAACCCUGGCGUCCCGAAGUUGCGCGAUGGUGAGCCUUGGCGUCCGACUACAAGUGUUGUAUACCGUCGAGAGUUUUGAGCGCAUGCAUACUGCAACUAGGUAAUGGUCCGAAUCUAUAUUCGCACUGCGGUAGGUACGAACGUUGGUGAUAUCAGAGUAGAAUCGCCCGUCGAUUAGAACGUGAUCGAUUUGGUUUUCGGUGCGUUGGUCAGGUGAUCUCCAGGUGGCUUUGUGGAUAUCUUUGCGGGGGAUGAAGGUACUUCGGACUAGCAUGCCACGGGAGGCUGCAAAGUUCACGCAUCAUUGGCCGUUGUCAUUCGAUACGGUAUGCAAGUUGUUUGGCCCGAUUACCGGUCUAAACAUUACAUCCCGUCCUACCUGAGCGUUCAUAUCGCCGAUGACGAUUUUGACGUCCCGUUGCGAACAGCCAUCGUACACCUCCUCCAGCUUCGCAUAGAACGCUUCCUUUUCGUUGUCGGGUCUUCCAUCCUGUGGGGAGUGUACAUUGAUGAUGCUGUAGUUGAAGAAACGGUCUUUGGUCCUCAACUUACACAUCAUUGCGUUGACAGGAGUGAGUCCAUGCAAUCGCAGCCGGCGGUCUAUCUCAUAUUCUUUCUUAAGUAAUUCCAUCCAUUGCUGCUUCCCGCUCGUUAAAUCCGUGAAAUGAUCCGGUAGAACUUCCAACGGAUGCAAGUUCUUGGUACUGUUGAUCAACGCUCUCGUUUUCAUUACCACCGGCAUUUUCCACUAUUCUUUUCCCUUUCCGCACUUUUUUUUCGACAAACAUGCACUUUUUUAUGCGUUUUAGAACCGUUUCUCGUCGCGAACACGCAUAAGUUGCACAUACUUUUUCCGUUCAAAUGCGCACGAAAUAUCCCGAUCAUUCACGUCGACUUUACUUGCUUUUGGUACUCAAAACAGCAGCGGGAGCACUUUUCUGUGUCAGUUUUCGUUAACUUUUCGGAGUAGCUUGUCUCGAGCUUCAUUAUCGCUCACAAACUAAAAACGUCGAUGACGCGGACAGUCAGCGGUUCGAUCCAGGUACGAUCAUCACUGGAAUCUACUUUUCUUUGCAACAUGUUGCAAAUUGCGACAGUGAAUCUUCCGGAAGGCACUUCGCAACAAAGCAGUGUACACUAUAACCACAGCGAAUCAUAACUCAAAAUCUCGCCACCAAUCAUUUUGAAAUUUCUCUCACUUCGUUGCCCAGGUAACUACGGGAGCUCUUUACAAAUUUUUUAUUAUAAUUGUUACAUUAAAAUGUUUAUUGAUAUUUUUAACGAAAAUCGGAUUUUUAAUUAGAUAAAUUCAAUAAAAGAUCGAGAAAAAAACUAAUCCCUCCCGUAAUUACAUGAGGAACGAUGUGAAGAACUGUGCGAAAUUUCAAAAACGUCCAGGAGAAGUUUUUUUGUUUCAUUUAGAGAGGAUAUAAUCUAAGGGGGCAUUCGGAACUUUUUCUAGUUAGAAAAAUGUUUACGGUAGGGACAUUUCAGAGAUUCUAACAAAUUACUUUCAGUUCUGAAUGAUCAGAAAUCUGGACAUAAAUUCUCCACUUAUAAUUUAAAGACAAUGGUUGUAUUUCUUUUUCUAAAUUUUUUUUGUGGAACCUUAUUGUCACUAUGCAUAACUGUCCUAUGUGCUAUUUGAUUACCUAUACACAUGGGACGAUUAUGGGUAGAGCACCAGUUUAAAACCGUAUAGCGACGAUGUUCGAGAAUGUCAUCGCUGUUAACCCUAUACAUGUCAACAGAGUUGGUAUCUUUCAGCGUGCUAUGAAAGAAAUAUGUAUGACUGGUUUUUCAUACAAUAUGGAUCACACUGGAAAAAUGUAGAAUAAAUAAUAAUGUGACCAAGAAAAAUAUAGAGAAGAGCCGAUUCUUAAAAACAUGCGAAACUUGUGAUAUUUUCCGGUCGUGUCGCGUGCAAAAUCUCGACAGGUUUUUUUACUGAAUCUUUUAGUGUUGUUUCUAACGAAUCAGACAUCAAAUUACAACCGAAAUAAAAUUAUAUUUGAGCUAAACACCAUUUUUAGUACUGAACCCAUAGCAGCCUAUACGUUUUAGUCCCGGUAACAGAUUUAGCCCUCGUGCAAUGGGUUGAAGCUUCAAUGAAACAUCAUUUAAAACAUCCCAUUUUUUAGUUAACCAAUCAUGUGCUGAACGUAAAAUUCAUACAUUAUGAAUACAUUAUAGGAACAAAAAUUUAAAUUUCUACAGCAUUAGGAACAAUAUAAGAAAAGGAAAAGCUUAGAGUUUUAGAAAGUAGUCAGUUAUUCAGCUAUGAAAUAGAACCACAUACAAUGAAAAAUUAAAAAAAACCCUGAACCAACGCAUGCUAGUUCGCGCUAUGCCAUGAUGGUUUCAAGCCGUAGCUUACUGGUACUGUACAGUGGGCGUACGAAUUUCAAACCAGCAGACUGUAAGUUAGUGGCUUGCUUGUCUCGCCCUCACCAUCAAUAAAUACUAAUCGUUUAGUAGUUAUGACUAACGAAAGUAAAGCCACUUCAGGCUACAGUUCCUAAAAGAAUGGUAAAUACGAUCGCAAUUGCUACUAGGCAGGCUGUCGCGAGAGAAGACAAUUGAAAAUAGAGAGCAAAGCAUCGAAUACUCUCUUGAUUUAGUAUUUUUGUAAUACCUAAUUUUAGUCAGCUAAAGUCGCAUCUGGAUUACGAUCUCUUACCUUAUUUUACAUCGUCGCGUGGUCGCUUGAUCUCACCACACACUUCCUCGCUGUGUAAACAAUCGGACGAGUUUGUCGUUAUCUGUUUUCGUAGAUUAUAAUUUUGCCAUUCUCCAAGAAAGAUUUAGAAACAUUUUGCUCCUACUUGUGCUAGUCUUCGGAAGGGUGAAAAAAUAACGAAAUGAUAAUUCGAUGAAUGUUUUGUGUAGCAUGGUUAAAGAAAAUAUAUUUCGCCUACAUUCACUAACAGUAGAUGUACAACACAUAGAAGUGCGUAAAAUAAAACAAAAAGAUAGACUGCUUCUAAAAAAACAAAGAAAAGGUUAUGAUGAUUAUACAGUUAGCUUCAAAUAAGAAUUAGUUCGUUACAUCGAGAUGAGUGCUUCGAAUGAAAAAGCCGUGAAAGAUUAAUAAAAAGAACUGAAAUUCUAUGACGAUGGCGAAUAUUCGAGCGGAGGGCCUUCUAAUGUUGGAAUCACUUGAUCAGCUCGAUGGUUACAAGUAUGCUCGUUUUUGUUUGACACUGAAAUCUUAGCGCUUCCAAACUAUUGAGUUGUUUUAGGCCUUAAUUCGUCAUCGUUGAGAGAAAAAUUGAGCACAGUUAGAAGCUAAAGUAAAAAAGUUGCAUCAUUCGAGAUCUAACAAUAUGGUGAAAAAAUGCAGGAAAGUUUUAAUUUACUCCACAAAAACAACCAGUUCUUGUUUUGAAUCACGACGAAUCCUUUUUCUCCUGAAAAAUUUUCUUGCAUUCUCUAAAACGAUAGCAAGAUUUAAACUAUGAUCCAGUUCGUUCGAAAAGUCAAUUCAUCGCUAUGAAGAUGGAAGCUCGUUUACACCAGCAUCAAAGUUCUACAAAAUGCAGCAACUUUCAAUUUUCAUCGUAUUUGAUGAUUAUCAACUGACAUUCGAUCCCUUUGUCAAUCAAUGGUCGGAAGAUUCAAAAAUAUGACUGAAGCAGAUGAUUUCGUUAGAUUUUUUAUUAUAAUGCUAAUAAAAGCCGUACCGUUAGGAUAACACGUAUAAAUGGACAUACAUACAUACAUACAUACACACACAUUAAUAUGCUUGUGCUCAAAAGUCUUCCAACGUUUAGUUACAUUAUACACACACGAAAAAAAAACAGCGCAUCUUCCUCUCUAAAAUUCAAACAAUCCUGUUUGAUAUUACUAUCGUACAUGGCUCAGCUCUUUCUUUCUACCGAUACACUGGAGACUCGACGUGAAACAGGUUUUCAUCGAUCCUCUACAGAAAUCAGGUUUAAGUUACUGUUACUAACAUUAGCCAUUAGCAAGUAGAGCUGUUGGAAAAACUAACACUCAACAGUUAACUACGAUUAGAACCAGCCCAUUACUGAAACACACACACACUUAAUGCAUAUACGUAUAGUAAAUAGGAUUUAAAAUAAUUGCCCCAUUGGCAAUUGUAGCGAUGAUUGAAUGUGUAUAAAAAGCAAAUGAAACAAGUAGAACUUAGCAAACACAACUCCAUUAGCAGUAAUCAAAAAUAUCUAUAUCGCCACAAUCAUUCAUGAAGAAAAUGAUGAUGUUGAAUAAAGUGUGGAAACACAAACUCAUAUACACACAAUGCUAAAAGGUGAUAGACAUGUUAGAAAGUCAUUUAUAUAAGGAAAAGAAAAGGCAAGGAGAAUGUUAAUUUGUUAACACAAGUGCUUGAAUAGGAAUAUAUCAGACGAAACGAACCGUGGUUGGUGUAAAAGUCCAGCAGAUGGAAGCUUCCAAGAACUCCCGGAUGUGUAGACACAUGGACCACAAUAAUUGGCUGUUGAAUAGAGAGUGUUACCUUUAAUUAACUGAUAGAUGAUGGUUAGACUAGAAACAGAGGAACAAGUACAGAGAGAGAUAUAAGUCAGUCUGGAAAAGCAGAGAAGCAGUACUGUUCAAAACAGUUUGCGAAGCGAUAAACUCAGUGCAAAAAGGUAAAAUCUUUAGUAGAAGAACGAAACAGAAUGUUUUAUUGAAAACGAGAAGUAAUACUUUUUAUGUUAUUUUUUAAGAAGCAAGUCAAAGAUGCAGGUGAACUGUUGAUGUGAAAAGUAAAAAGCUAGAGUUUAAUUACGUUGGCAGGUUAUAUCUGAUUCAAUACGCAGUGCGACAUAGCUUAAGUUUGAUGCUAUACUACUCCCCAGUUUUUUUGUAUACACUGAACGAAAUGUUACUUCACAGAUAAAAAGCACGCACAUGUUAACAAACAACCGCGUGCUGUUAGGCAAUACAUUUUGAUACGUUCUUUGGAUGCUGUGUUAAGCUCAAAACGAUUCGUUAAGCGUAAUUUGAGAGAUGGAAUAGUAUAGAUUUCUCAUUCUUUUUAUUACACCUUCCUAUUAUUGCUACGAUACACAAUCAAAUAAAAUUUACUUAUAGAAGCCAAU